UUUCUCAGUGGUGUGCUGAAUAUGCCCUCUCUGUUCAGUAUCAGCGUGGCAUGGUAGUCUGUACACAACCCCACAGCCUUUCUGCUAUGUGUUUGGCACAACGUGUGGCAGAUGAACUGGACUUGAAUGUGGGUCAUGAGAUUGGAUACCAUGUCCCUUAUGAAGACUGCUGCACGACAGAAACUAUUCUCAGGUACUGCACGGAUGCUAUCUUGCUCCGUGAAAUGAUGUCUGAUCCCUUGUUGCAUCAUUAUGGAGUUAUAAUUAUUGAUGAGGCUCACGAGCGGACAGUGGCAACCGAUGUUCUGCUUGGUUUAUUGAAAGACUUGCCAAGGCAGAGGCCAGAACUGAAGAUAGUGGUCAUCACAGCACCACAUCUGGAGAGCAGACUUAGAAGUUACUAUGCUGGAGUGCCUUUUGUAAAAGUGGAUGAUGCUGAGGAAGCUUCCUUUCCUGUGGAAGUUAUAUACAGAGAUGGCCAGUUUAAGGACUGUGUUUCAGCUGCUGCACAAACUGUACUGGAUAUCCACAGGAAAGGAGAGGAAGGCAAUAUUUUAGUCUUCUUGGCCAGUGAAGAGGUGGGUGCAUAA